CUGUUUGCUUUCUCUCUAUGAGUUGUCUUGAGCGAUGUCCUCCCAAAACGAAGCGUCUACCAGUUUUCACUCAUUUCCUCAAAUGUCGCACCAAGAAAAGACGGAUAUCAGGCGUGUACAAGGCCAGAUAUCUUGCGCUGAGUGUCGUAGAUUAAAACUCAGAUGCGACAAGAAGAUACCCUGCAGCUCGUGCGUCAGAAGGGGAUGUGUUUCGCUCUGUCCAACUAAAGCCUUAGCUACUGCGCCAACGAAACGAAUCAUAACAUCCGAUACAACUGCCUUGCAUAAGAAGAUUCGGGCCAUGAAUCAGCAUAUCGGAAAGCUAGAAGAUGCACUUUCAACCCUGCAAGCGACUGUUUCAUCUGAACCACACCCUCUCCUUGCCGGAGCCCCGCGUCUUCCAAAGAUAGAGCAACGGACAAAUAGCUUCUCUGACGAUUGGAAAACAGUAGAAAUUGUCGACGCACUCGGAACGUUGUCCCUCGGUAAAGAGGUCGGCGAUGCAAGAUACCUUGGGCGUUCGGCCGUGUCAGAAAGUCUACUAGAAGGUAGCCCUGAAAUACAGGGCGUAACGGACGAAGACGAUUUCAUUCCUACUCAUGAAAUUGCACAGCUCGUGAAUUCGUUCCCGUUUGCACCUGACAGUAUCUGGGAUGUUGAAAGCUCCAUGAAGUUGAUACUCUCUUAUCUUCCGGAAAGAGAGCGUGCUUGGGCUCUUGCUGAACAAUUCCUAACCCACAACUUCUGGUAUAUUCGCACGGUUUCAAGGGAAGAGCUCUUUGACGAGCUGCUGACUCCUAUCUAUCAAUUUUCAUCCUUCCUGGACGACGCGGGCUUUACAGACUUAGAGAACACUGUUCCUUUACCUCCCACGCGUCUCGCCGUUUUAUUCAUUUGUCUUGCUCUUGGAUCCCUGGCAGACCUCAGCACGCCAAUGUACAGUACUGAAUCAGCCCUUUUCUUCAACCUUAGCCGUGCAACCCUGGCACUCCAUCCGGUCCUCGUCUCGCCAGACCUAGCCUCCAUACAAGCUCUCACAUUGAUUGGGUCUUACUAUGGUACCGGGGGCCCGAACUAUAGCAUAGAAGCUACUUGGGUAUGUUUGACAUUCGCGGCUAAGCUAACUCAUAGUCUCGGACUACAUCGUGAAAGCCCAAGAUGGGGUUUGGAUGAUAAAACGAUUCAACGACGACGGGCGAUAUUUUGGGAGUUGUACACGUUCGAUGGACUCAUUAGCCUAGACUUAGGCAGACCGCCGUCUCUCUUUACAGCCCAUAGUGAUACGCCGUUACCAUUCGAUGACGAUGAUGGCGUCGAUGAUCAAGGGAACCCGGAGCCGGGAUUCCACCGUUGGCGAAUGACUUUCAGCAGGGAUGUCAUGACUGCCAUUUCCAACGUCACUCUUUCACCCGGUAUGCCUGAUUACCAAACCAUCCUUGACCUCGACCGGCUUGUGCGGGAGCAUCCCCUCCCCCAGAAAUAUGACCCAUUACGUUCUCUGUCCAAUGCGGUUGAGAAGGGUUUUACUAGUGGCGAAGAAGGCGGUGGAUACGAAGUAUGGUUGAUGACCUUGAAGGGUCACCAUCUUAACCAGUUCAGAGCAGUAGUGGUUAUGCAUGUACAUCGGGCUUUCUUUGCGCAGGCUCUCCUGCAGUCCCCGUCUGACCCAUUGGGGACUGUUUACGCACCGUCGUUUCUCGCCGCUUAUCAGAUUGCCUCGACAAUGGUCCACCUGAAUGUCAAGAAUUUUUACAAGUAUCCCAACGUGCUUUCCAGGUAUUGGGAGAUUUGGACCGGCCUCCUCAGUGCUGGUAUAAUUCUCGGACUGAUUGUUGCAAGAUCACCUUCAAAUCCCAUCGCGGCCGACGCUUAUGAAGAGCUGGAGCUCGCGGUGGACCUCUUCAAAAUGGGUGCUCCCAAAUCUGACAAAGCCAGACGUAGUCUAAACGUGUUGCUUCGAAUGUAUGAAAAGGCAACCAAGGCAUACGUAUCAACAACCUCUCCGGGAAAUACUGCGAUGGGAAGAUUGAACGUGGUUCGAGAAGAUGCGGACGCCCUGCAUACGUUGGAAACAUUUGCAGGUUACACAAAACUUUUAAUGAAGAAGAUGAGGUCUUCAAGAAGAACUCCAGACACUCAGAGAAAUGAAUUUCCGGAAGCGUCUGGGCAGUAUCAAUCGGAUACAUCUGACUCUGAAAUGUUCCCUUCUUCAGAACAUGUAACACAAUCCACUCUCGAAUCCCGCUAUUCUUUCCCUUUCUCGUCUCCUUCGUCAUCCUCUUCGUCAUAUCCAUCCCCAUCUUCUGCUGCCGGCCAAUCUAACGACCCUAUUCCACUUUGGCAAUCUCCCACUGACCUACCGGUCGACCGACCUGGAUUUAUUAGCAAUACUUCUAAAUCAUCGUCUAGCGGGGCUUCCUCGUACAGCUCUCAAUCGUACACAUCUGGGAUCUCAUCAUUCAGAUAUGGUCCGGGCACAUCGCGAGACGUACCACCUGCUGCUGGUCAGUAUCAUCCGCCUACACGGUCCACUACCCAACGUGAGUACUGGAAUGACAACCAGGAUCAACUUACACCAUUACCCGUACAUCAUAGAGGUGGCUAUGAUGCAAAGCCUUCCUGGGUGUCAACCCAAGCACAAGGAUCAGAUCCCUAUUUUGAAUCCGGAACGAGUCAAAGCAGGGGGCAUAUGAAACAAGGUCCUUUCAGUCAAUCACCACCAAGCCAAACCCCUUUCGCAGUAACUCCUCUCAUGAUGUCGGUGGAUGCACAAUGGGUGGAAUUGAUGCGAGACGAGGGUGUUUACGGUCCAAGGUAGCCUAUGUUUCCUCGUCCGCUCCCAGCACCUCAUCGUGAAUAAUCCGUGAGUUCUCUGUACAUUAAUGUAUGCAAUCUUUUGGUGUAUAAGUAGUUGGCAAUUAUGUGUAUGUAGUAAUAGGUAGAUUCAUAGCCUGGCCCCGCCCGGGGGUGUAGUCCUAAUAAGGUAGCCGGUCUCGAUAAUCAAACAUCGAGGAAGAGUUCAUGAAUGAGUUCAAGUUCCAUACCACGGUGCCGCGACAUAAUUUAAGAAACAUGCCGUGCGACGUACCAGAAUCCAAACGAACGUUAUGAAAGCCUUUGGCUAGAAUAUAAUGGAGACAUAUUUAUGUAGUUGAAA